UGUUUUGAGGUGUUUGUUCAGUCAUCGCGCUGGCUAUAAAUUCUGCACCCUGACAAACUGAAUCUGCACACUAACAAUUCUUUCUGUGACCAAACGGCUGACUUUUAUGAUAAGGAGUGGACGAAACGUCUUCUUUGCUCUCAUCAUGGUGUUUAUGAAAUCUCUUCUGCUGGUGGCAGCGCUUGUUGCGUCUGUGAGCGCAGGUCCGACAUGCAAGUGUGAAGAACCGUCCAAAAUAAAGACCCUGGCAGUGGAAAUUAACGAACGCGGCACGACCUUCACCCAGAAGGUGACUCUGGACUAUGAGAACAACUGGGCCCUUUUUAACAUCCCUCAACACAACACUGUGGAACAACAGGACAUUCUCUUCGACCUCAAUACUCACCUGGUGGCGACUGUUCCAAGCGCAGGUGGCUUCUGUUUGAUCGACGCCAUGCCAAGUGACUUUCCCAGUCUUCAAGAACUGGAAGAUGGAUUCACCCAAAUCCAGGAUCCCAAGGCUCGCGUAGAAGGCAUGGUGGUGACCGAGUCCAGCAAACGCGUGCUGGGUGAGCCGGUCCAGGAGAGAACCUCCCUGGGACCCAAGAUGACGGAGUUCUGUGCCCAGAAGCCGAUCUUUCAUGUGGAGACCAUGGAGUUCGCUUCAGGAGAAGGAAUCAUCGGAUUUCCGUCAGGGCCGAACGACACAACCCCGGUCCCUCCGCCGAACAUGGGCGGCCAGGCCUUGGCGUCAAGGACGAGCCCAUGUUCGUACAGCCCGACCAGCCUUCAGGUCAACUGCUACCCAGCCAGCGGGUUCAACUGCUGCUACCGUUCCAACAGCUGUUUCUACACCUACCAGUGCCGCCCUGUCCAGCCUUACUACAACCAGCCAACAUACUCUCAGUGUACAGGCCGACAUACCUCUCAUGGGUACGGUUGGUUCUGCCUACCCCAUUGUUGAGAUAUGUGUAUUUGCCCAUGUAUAGCCUCACCCAACCCUACCCGUACCGCAAAAUGUGUGACCUUUGCUUCCUGAACUAUCGUGGUGGGAGUACAGGGGCUGGGAUACAUACAACAGUACCGAGCUAUGUUCACAUCCAAAGUGUUGUUACUUCGUGUGUUGUUUGACUUUCUUUCUACACGCUUUUUCAUGACAUGUAUCUUUGUGCCACAUGAUACUUGCAUGAACGUUUACAGAAGUGUGUAAUGUAUGCUCUGGUCUGGUUUUCAAGUAUUCAUCAAGUAAUUGAUUGUUUUGUAAGAACAAUUUGUAUCUUUGUGUACCUUUACUUAGAAGUCUUCAAUUUCAACUUACUUGGUUCCCCAAUGUGUGUGGGAAAAGUUAGAGCAGGGCCAGUUGUGUCAGACGGUGUGUUAGGUGUCGAGGCAUUAUAUGAAUAAAGCCCUAUUCCCCUUGUAGAGACUUUUAGAUAAUCAUAAUAAAAGUAACUGUCAGCUUAUUUUCAUGCCCUGUGUUUUCCAUGUUGUGCUUAUUGAUUUGUUGAAUGGUUUCAAUUAAAAAAAAUCGU